AAUGGGGCGUCUACGUAUAUAAUGUCUAUGGAAGCGAAAGCAAAAGCUCCUUCCCAGGGAGCCUCGGUCUGCGUCGGGGAAAAAUGAGCGCCUCACAGUUAAACUUCGUUCUGCUGGAGAUUUCAAAUCAGCUCAACGACGAGAAUCUGGAAAAGCUCAAGUUCCUGGUCCGGGCCCAGAUAGGGAAACAGAAACUGGAGAAGAUCAAAACGGGGCACCAGUUGUUCGAGGCUCUGUCGGAAAGAGGCCAUCUGGCCGACGACAAAACAGACUUUCUAUCCAACCUUCUGCGGCAAAUUCAGCGAAAUGACCUGGCUGACAAGUUAAACAACUUGGAGACUCAGAGCAGAGACCCCGACAACGACAUUAGCGACACCGAGAGAGCCAAACUCAGCAUUGCCACAGAGGUGAUCGGACAGCAUCUGGGGAAGAACUGGCGAAAACUGGGCCGCAAACUAAAACUGAGUGAGGUGAAGCUGGACUCCAUCGCCACGCGGCACCCCACUGAUCUGGAGGAGACGGCGGUGGAGCUGCUGAAGGAGUGGAAGAAGAUCCGAAGCGUCGAGGCCCGAGCAGAGGAGCUGAUAGCAGCUCUGAGGAACUGUGACCUCAACCUAACUGCUGAUAAAAUAGAAGAAAGACCUGAAUUUGAGGUAUUAGGAUGAGAUCCAUAUUAGCUGGGAAAUAAAAAUGACUCCUUAUGAAACCGACAGAUUGUUAGUUGAGAUGAACAAGAGGCUUUUUUUAAAACAUCUGUAUCCUUAUGGCUGUCAAAUGGCCGUUAUUUGUUAGGUUUCUACACUAUCAUGAAAUAACAUUUAUAAUUCAUAAUAAGGAUUAUGGAGCAAAAAAUAAAUGUUUUUAUUUUUGUAAUCUUAUGUGCUGUUUGCCAAUUCAGCCACACAGAAAAUAAGUUUACAUGUCUGACCUAUAAGUGUUGCUUUGCAUAAACGGCAAACUAUGUCCAAACAAAUGAUGCGUCAAUUUCAAAUCCAGGUGACAAAAAGCACUGAACAUGCAGUUUGUGUCUUUUCAGUAAUAAAGGUUUCAUAAAUGUCCAA